UAACAAUUUGGCAGCUGCUGUCAAUUUGAAAUACAGACAGUCACCGGAGGAAAAUCGCAUUUUUGUUUGUGUCCAACAUUUCACAGAAUUUUAAUAAAAUAAAUUAGCAUGGACUUCUCUCAGGAUUAUGGUAUCCACGACAAUGCUGUCAGCACAGGCACCACCAUUAUGGCGGUCGAAUUCGAUGGCGGUGUAGUGAUUGGAGCAGAUUCACGUACCAGCACUGGCCUCUUUGUGGCCAAUCGUGUCACAGAUAAAUUGACUCGCAUUACCGAUAAAAUAUAUUGCUGCCGCAGUGGAUCCGCCGCAGACACACAAGCAAUUGCUGAUAUUGUUGCGUACUCCUUAAAUUAUCAUGAAAAUCAGACUGGUCAUGAGCCAUUAGUAGCUGAGGCGGCAUCAGAAUUCCGUAAUUAUUGUUACAACUAUCGUGAUAGUUUGCUGGCGGGCAUUAUCGUGGCUGGAUGGGAUAAACGUAAUGGCGGACAAGUGUAUUCUAUACCUUUGGGAGGCAUGUUGAAGCGCGAAUCGGUAACAAUCGGUGGUUCAGGUUCGAGCUAUAUCUACGGUUAUGUGCGUGAGGCUUACCGCCCGCAAAUGAAUAAGGAAGAUUGUGUUGCUUUUGUGGUCAAAGCUGUAAAACAUGCAAUUUACCAUGAUGGUAGUUCAGGUGGUGUGGUACGAGUUGGAAUUAUCACAGAAGAUGGUAUCGAAAGAAGAGUAUUCUUUAACACAGAAUCUGGAAACCCAGUUGAAAUUGGCAACUGAAUACCUUACAUAAAAAAGGCUUAUGAAUUAUAAGAAAUGUUUAUGGUUUUUUUUAAUUAAUAUCGAUAAUUACAAAUAAAAUUUCUUAAAGGAAAAAUGUGUAA